GUGUGGAGUGGAGCCCUCUGCGACUUGGUUGUAUCCAGUGAGCUGUGUGUGGUUGUAUCGAAUUUUACUGUACUGUGUAUAUGUGUAUGUAUCAGUGUGUGUAAGAGAGUGUGUGUUGACAGAUUGGCCUGUGUGUGAGUGCGUGUACACUUUUGCCUGUGUGUUUGUCAGUAUAUGUAGGAGUGUGUGAGUUUACAGGUUUGUAUGUGUGUAUGUGUUUGUAUGUGUGUAUGUCUUCUUGUGUGUAUGUAUAUCCCUGUGUGUAUGUGUGUAUGUGUCUGACGUGUGUUUUUCCAGCUUUGCUUGUGUGUAAGUAUGCGUGUUUUGUGUGAAUCUGGGUGUUUGUAAGAGUUUGUGUGAGUAUAAGUUCACUUCUGUGUAUUUCUGUGUGUGUGCCUGUGUGUGUGCCUGUGCCUGUGUGAGUGCCCGUGUGUGUGUGAGUGUGUGUGUGUCUGUGUGUGCACGUGCCCAUCCCCCUUUGCCCCUUGUAUCUAUAUUACCUGCACCUCAGUGCAAGAGAGUGUAGAGGCCAGAAGUCACCCCGGCUGCUGUUCCUGAGGUAGCAUUAGUACUGAUAAAAUGCCUACAGAGACUGAGGAGGAGUUACCAACCCCUACACCCGAGCCCAGUAUCUCUGAGGAGGGCAACUUCCAUUCCCAAUACCAAGUACUGGGGACAAUUGGGCAAGGGGGCAACGCCAAAGUCCUCCUGGCCCACCACCGGCUCACAGGAACCCCGGUGGCUGUCAAAGUUCUGCGAAAGGACAAGCAGUGGUUCCAGCCAGCCAUGAUGGAAGCAAACAUAAUGAGAAAGAUCAACCACCCCAACAUAGUGUCUCUCAUACAAGUUAUUGAAAAGGAAACGAGAAUAUACCUCAUAAUGGAGCUGGUGGAAGGCCAAGAACUCUACCAGUACAUCAGAGAGUCAGGGCACAUAGAGGAGGAUGAGGCCCGGCAAAUAUUUGAACAGAUAUUGUCAGCAGUGAGCUACUGCCAUUGAAAGGGGAUUGUUCACCGAGACCUCAAACUGGACAAUAUAAUGAUUGAUAAAAACAAAAAGGUCAAAGUCAUCGACUUUGGGCUUAGCACCCAAUUUCAACCUGGAAAAAUGCUAAACCACCACUGCGGCACGUACUCCUUUGGUUCCCCUGAACUCCUCCUUGGCCAUCGGUAUGACGGGCCGAAGAAUGAUAUGUGGAUUAUAGGAGUGGUCUUGUACUGUAUGGUAGCGGGAAAGCUCCCAUUUGAUUCAGUGAUCAUCCAAGAACUGCAAAGACAAGUAGUGGCAGGGGUAUAUCCUGCUCCCUGUGGGGUUUCAAAAGAACUGGAGGACCUCCUUAGUAAAUUACUGAGGGUAAAUCCCAACUUUAGACCAACAGCAAGAAAGGCGAUGAAACACCCUUGGUUCAAAGAACACUGGAACGGAUUGAUAGGUCCCUAUGAAGAACUGCUUCCCCUCACACCAGACCCGGCCAUUUUGGAUGCCAUGAAAAGCAUUGGAUUCCAAGCCUCUGUAGUAAAACACUCUUUAAAACAAAGAAAAUAUAAUGAGGAAAUGGCAACUUAUUUCUUUCUACAAAAGCAGGCUCUCCAGGCGGAUGGCUGCACAGCCCAGGCACAGCAAGUGAGUCCCGUUGCAGCCCCAUUCCCUAGCCUUGAUCCUGCUGCUGCUUUUAGAUUAGAACCAAAGAGGAGUGGAAGCCUGCCAGUCCUUGGCACCUUGCGGGUGUCAUCCUCCCAUGGUCACGUAUCUCACUAUGGCCAGAAUGCUCAUCCAAAACGAGGCAAAAGAUCCACUGUGGCUGGUCGUCUCAGGCCUCUACCGAUGACACCAACACAAGACCACUAUCACAAAUGUGCCGUGAGUGUCCCAUGCAUUCAAACAACAAGCAUCUUCAGUGAGAAGAGUAGCAAUAAGGAAAUCAAAGAAGACAACCCACUCUCCCACAGAGCCCCAUUUGAGGAUAAGCCCAUCCCCAGCAGGGUCCAGCACAGAGGUUUUAAGGGGUGGACCAGGAAUAUAGCAAAUGCCCUGAUAAAGCUGUGUUGCUGCAUGCCAAGGAGAAAGAAACCUCGCCUGGGGCAGAACAGAAUCUCCCCCCAGAAAUGAGCCACAGGCAGAGUCCAGAGAACAAGCAGCAGGCAUAGCCCAGUGUCAUCUGGAAAUUCUUUCAUGUCCUCAGUAUAAACAGUAGGUGAUUUCAGACACAUGGCAAUGGAAAAGACAUGAGCAGAAACUACAGCAGCAACAGGAGUAGCAACAAUACCAGAAGCAGCAUUAGGCACAGCAGCAGCAGGAGGAGAAGAAUGAGGAGGGUAGGAGGAGGAGGAGGAGGAGGAAGAUGAAGAGAGGAGGAGAAAGUAGAGGAGGAGGAGUAAGAGAAGGAAGAGGAGGAGAAAGAGUAGGACGAAGAGCAGGGGGAAUAUUUUGAUUCCCUGUCCCCGUGAGAAUUGCUGAUGACUACUUCUGGACACAGAUAUCAUGCUGAGAACUGUUUAUCAAAAUGAUUUAACAGAAUAUUAAUUUUCAUAGAAGACAUGUCAAUGUUCCUAAGGGCAUGCAGCCCUGGAAAAGAGAGCAAGAUGGCAGAGGCAAGCAGUGUGGAAUGUUCUUACUGAGGAAGACCUUCUCAAAGCUGAUGAUGUAAUAGGUAUGAAGGAGCAUUUCAUGGGAGUCACGGUCCCAUGCCCCUGUGUCAGGGCACACAGAGCUCCUAGCCUUGCAUCCUGCGUGAGAGGGGUCCUGGAAUAUUCCCUGAUCCUAACAGGGUCCUGGAUUGCAUGGUUCCCCCUCAGUUAUGGUCCUCCCUGUGCCUCAUGGGGUACGCAGCUUCUAUGGGCUGAAUUUAUAUCAGUGAUUAACUGGAGCUGGACCACAACCACACCACAGGCAAGCCCUGGGCACUGAGGACAUUAAGAGCAGCAGACAACAUCUCCUCCACUGCUUCUGACUCUGCUCCACAAGCCAAGGCAGCUCCCACACAGCAGGCAUCCAGCCUAACUCCCAGCAGGGAGAGUGUGAGAUGUCUGUGGAUGAGCCCACAGGGACUACAGGAUUCUGUGGGAAGACAUCUGGUAGCUUCUGGAGCAGCUGCAGCAGCCAGGACACAUGAACUACAGUGGAGGUGAGCUAUAGGAACAGGUAGCAAAGAGCCUGAUCUGGCCAAUGCUGAUCUGAAUCCCUGGGUGCAGGCUGGAAUGGUCACUCAGGGCUAUUAGAGUGAAGGCCAGCCAAGGGCAUACAAUGUGUCACUAACAUUCUCAAAGUCUUGUCCAGGAAAUAAACCACUGGCCUUGACCACUAAAGUUGAGUGCAGACUCAUGGGCUACAGGAUAGCAGAUUGAACUGAGUCUGAAUUCCCAUGAGUAUGACCUCUGGCUGCUCCCUAGGCUCAGUAUAGAUGAGCAUGAGAAGGCACCAUUGCUGAGUUUGCAGGAGUAGCAGAGAGCUCGGAAUACAUGACCCACUCCUAACCCAGACUGGAGCCACUCUGGGGAGGAGAUGGCAUCAUUUGAGAGAUGGGCUUAUGCGGGACACUGUGCUCUGGUUUGUGGCACAUACAGCUCCUGUCUUUCUUGCUGACAGUUCAGAUCCUCAGCUGGCCUCAUCACGGACAGUCCCAUGAGGAGUGGGUGUUUGUUUCCUGCUUCACAGUUAGGGCAGGAACAAGCCCAGACGCAGUGAGUAAGGACAGUGCUUCUGUCUUGACCCAGCUUCCUUGUCCUCUCCCCUCCCCCAACUCAUAUCAGGAGCCACCCAGAGACCUUCAUAGGAGUGUGGGUCAUGUUAAUCGGAAUGCACAGCUGGAGAUUAAAUUCUGGGUAAGGUCUCCAUACAGCCCUGGUGGCUCCCACACCCUGCCUACCUAAGUUUUCCAACUGAGUCCUCAGGGUCGUGGAGAAUCUUCUACAGGCUGCCAUGAAGAUACAGCCAGUUUCUUGGUAACAUUGUGUUUAGCAGAGGUUCUCUGCUUCAGGCACAGAGCCUUCCAGUGAGAGGGUUUGCUGAGUAGCACACCAGGACCAGAAAAGUGUAGAGCCCUCCAGUGGUAGACAUGAAGUACUGCAGGAGUUUAUUUCCUGAUUUCUUCACAUCUACCUUGUUCUAAAGGCUUUUUGUCAGACACAUAGGGACCUAAGAAACUUGAGUUUGCAACCCCAUAGGGAACCCAGGACACUAAACCAUCAGCCAUGUUAAACGUCGGCAGAGGACAGUCUGGGAUCUGUGUUUGUAGAAUGGAUCUAGAGUAGAAUGAAGACUGAUUGACCAGCCAGUCAAGGAGAGUUAGGGACAGUUAGAGACUUGGAGGAGAGCAUGAGCGGCAGACACAGCAGAGUCCAGGCCAACAGUGGAACCAGUUCAUUUAAUAGAGACGCAUAUGCCCUCCCAAAAGGCUAUCAGCUUAAGGCACUGCACUGAAGACCUGACCCAAUAACAUGCCCAAUUUACCCAUCACCCACCUGUGGCUUGUGUAUGGUCCUCAGGUUAUAUCCUAAAGUCCAUCAUGGCUGAAAGGCAGAAGUUUGCACAUCAUUGCAAUGUGGAGGCUACUCUCUGCUGAUGGGACCCACACACUCUGUGAAAAAGUUUGCUUAAGUGAAAGUUGGCCGUCCUUGAACUCUCUGGUCUUCCAGGGUAGUUUGUGUUGACCACAUGCAGAGUCAUUCCUGAAAAACAUAAGUGCCAAAAUUCAACAAUAGGGAGAGAAUCCUGUGCCAGAUGGAAUCCCUCAGGCCAGUGCGGAUUCAGAGACAUCCUAUGCCAUGGCAUGGAGGCUCCCAAGGACUUCUAGGAUCAAUGUGAUCCACACAAGAGCCCACAGUCCAUCCUGGGAGAACAUUAAAGUAUCUGGAAUUAUCAGGGACCCUAAGGUAGGUUCGUCAGUAUAUGGAGGUGAUGCAUGGUGGGAUGCUUGGAGGAUACAGCCUAAGACAACGUAGAGGAAAGUAUGUUAUGAGAGCUAAGACAGAGCAACCACACAGUCUGAGAACAAGUUUGCUUAAGUGAAAUUUGGCCGUCCUUGAACUCUCUGUUCUUCCAGGGUAGGAUGGCCUAUUGGGCCCAGCACAGAGCGACUAUGCCAGAAUUACAAUGGUCUGUAAUAGAGAUGGAGAAGGUGUCAGGAUGGGACUUGGGCAGUGGAUGGAGCUCUAUGACUGCAAAGCCUGCCUAGGCUCCAAGGACCCAGAGCUGGCUGCUGCAGGAAGUCCUAGAUCACAACUCUGCAGUUCCUCUUCCCAGGUCUUGCUUUUAACUACUGGACCCAACACAAAGCCUCCCUUGCAGGCUUACCAGAGCAUGAAAAUGAAAUGGCCACCUCCUGUAACAAGAAAGACUUCUAGAAGAGGAAGGAGACAUCAAUACAUUCACAAAACCUUCAACUCGAAAUCUGUCUUGCCAAUAAGUGUGCAGGGAUAAAGGUAAAGCAGAUAUUGAGGGACCAACCAAUCAAUGACUGACACAAAGUGAGAUCUGUCUCAUGUGACAGACACAACCUCUGACGCUAUUUAUGAUAUUCUUUCUGAUUUACUUGCAGACAGAAAAGUAGCACACCUGUCUCCAGAGGCUUCACUCAGCAGCUGAAAGCCACAGCCAAUCCUCAGAUGGAGCUCGGGAAGUCUUGUGGAAGAGUGGGGGAGAGUGCCAAGCAAACUGGUAGGGUUAAAACACUACAAGAAGUCCCCUACCGUCAGAUACCUUGGACCAUGGAGUAUGCUAGAGCCUGUGCAACCAACCCCAGAGCCGGGUUAUUUAUCUGCCGUUGGUCUCCAUGUGGGUCAUCUGACAAGUAGAUCCAGGACUGUCUGUUUGUGUUGCCUGCAUUGGAUCUGUUCCCCAUACCCGGACUGCCUGAUUGUAAAUCUGUGGGGCAGAAUGUGCUCGGUCCACCUGGGACUAGAAGUCCCGGGGUGGUGUGGUACCCAAGGGACUCUCCCCUUGUCCAAAGAGAAGGGAGAGCAUUAUGGUAGAAAGGAUUUUAAGGUGGGACUGGGAAGGGAAGAGGGAGAGUGACUGGGAUCAGGAUGUAACCUGAAUAAAGAAGAAAUUAUUGGAACUAAAAAAGUUAGCCUGGAAAAUGGAAAGAUUGGUAAGUUGCUAAGAGCACUGAAUGCUCUUCCAGAGGUCCUAAGUUCAAAUCCCAGCAAACAUGGAGGAUCACAAAUGUCUCUAAUGACAUCUGAUGCCCUCUCUGGUCUUUCUAAAUACAGCUACCCUGUACGUAUGUAUAACAAAUGAAUGAAUGAAUAAAUAAAUAAAUAAACAAAUAAAUAAAUAAAUAAAUAAAUAAAUAAAUAAAUAAAUAAAUAAAUAAAUAAAUUUUACCCUGUCUUAGUUAUCAGGCAAUGAAUAAAAUGUCGAGAAAAUGUUCAAACCCAUGUCAUGGAUUGCCUGGAUCUUUUAGAUCUGCAGGAAACAUCUCAAGGAAGAACAAGAGAGGGUGGAGAAGAAUGGGGAAGGGUUUGAUCCCUGAAGUUCCUCAGUGUCCACUAUCACAGCACUUGUCUUUGGGAGGUGACAUCUUUCACUCUUCCAGACUGUCUCACCAAUCAGAAUUACAAGCUCUGUGGAUUAACCUGUAAAAAGGACAGUUGCUCUUGGGCCAAUAUGUAGGUUCCUGACCUCUCAGCAAGCUGACGGCUGACUUUUGAGGUCUCUGGAGGGUGAGCAAAAUGAAGACACACAGAGUAGCCUCAGGUUGAGUCAGCCAGGCCCAGGGGGGCUCAGUGGUGUCUCUCAGAUUCCCAGGCCCUCCCUGAGAUUGAACACUCUACACAGUGUAAGAGGAUUAGGGGAUAACCAGGAAAUGCAGUUGCUCAGGUGGCUGACUCUGUAGGAGGGAAAUAAAUCACAGUGGGAAGCUUCAGGACAGUCAGGUGACCUGAGCCCUCCACAGAGUCUAAGUCCAGACUCACGGACAUUCAUCUGUCCACAAGUCUCCUAAACACAGGCCUUGUCUGACCUGCAGUCCAGAGUAUGUUAUCGUACAGUGUCCCUUAGAGAGAGGACAUACUUUCCAGUUAGGCCUCUUCUGUGUCACACUGAGACUGGGUUUGUUGUACAGGUGAUGCAGAUGGGGACUGGACACAAGUGGCAGUCUAUCACAGAUCAUGCAAUAAGUAAAUACAUAAAUAAAUAAAUAAAUAAAUAAAUAAAUAAAUAAAUACCCACUUCUCACUGCCUGCAAUCCUCAUUGUCACCACAAGGUAGAGCUGCUUUGACCUUCUCAGAAAGAAAAGCUGACUUCCCUCAGGGAAAUGGAUGGAUGGAUGGAUGGAUGGAUGGAUGGAUGGAUAAACAGAUAAGUGAAUUGACUUAAUCAGUUUCUUCCAGUCCUACUUUUCUGAGCUAAACACCUUGGACAUGGCUGCUGCAAUUGCUUGUUCUACAUUUCUGCUUUCCUUGGCUGUUCAUUGAAGGGAGCCCCCUUAGAAUCUGCUAAUCUAAAUAAAGGCCCAUCUGUGGAAUGUAUAGCUUCUCAGUUAGGAGCUGAGGGAUUCUUGGAAGGACUUCCCGAAAUCCCCUCUGGGGCAGUUGCCAGUGUCCUCUACUUCAGACAGCAGCUGCAUGAAGCAAACACACACCUGUCUGAACAUUCCAGCUUGGGUGCACGUCACAGUGCACCUGCCCCAGGGUCCCUGUCAGUUGCACAUGCCACAGGGCCACUACUACAAGAUCCCUUCCCCAGGACUCCUGCCCCAUUGCAUCUCCCCCAGGAUCCCUGCUCUGUUGUAACUGAACCAGGGUCCCUGCCCUGUUGUUCCUGGCUCAGGGUUCCUACUCAGUUUUACCUGCCCCAACGACCCUGUCCCACUGCACCAGCCUCAGGGAUCCUGUCCCAUUGUGCCCACCAUGCUGCACUUUCCUGAGAGUACCUACUAACUGUCCCGAGGUAGCAUUUUUCAAAAUCUAAUUCAAAGAUCUUGCCAGUCAGAACCCAUUGUCUUUGGUAACACCAAGUAGAUAUUUGCAGGGCUUCCUCACCUACACUUAAUCAAUCCCUUCUCUCAGUUGUCCAUGUGGAAGCAAAGAAACUAGCAGCAGAACAUGGAUUAUUCAUCCAGGAUAUCAGCACCCCUAGAAUUCUCAUGAGAUGGGCUGCUGUGACUGUGACACACGGGUGGCAGGGAGGCUUUGAUACUGAACAAGCCCAGAGUGCUGACCCUGCUCACAUGUGUGCCAGCACCUUAGCCUACCUCUAGAUGUCCUAAACUCUGAGAGGAGGAAGGAGAUCUUCCUACAUAGAAGCUGUUCUCUGAAUCUCUGCUGGCCAAGGUCAAGCCAGAGUGUUUGAACAUGCCAGUUCCAGCCCCUGAGGGUUCUCUGCCUGCCUGGUGUUUUGUUGUGCUUUACGUAUGGCACGGUGAAGAUGUGGUCCAUACUAGGAAUAUCUUUGUAGACAACUGCCCUGGGUUCCCAUGCUAAAAUUCAAUUAGGGACUGACAGGGAACUAAAUACCAACAAGACAGUGCCAAGUCUAUGAGUUCCAAAAUCAAGAGCAAAUGGGGCCUUGAUGGUAUCCUGUGCUGAUCUGACAGGAGUCAGCACACACAAUUCUCCUGCACAUCCAAUGCCCCUUGGAAAAAUCCUCUGUCAAGGGUAAGUGAUGCCUCAUGAGAAUGAACUGUCAGCAUAGGACAAGACACUUGGGACUACUGUCCUGAACUCACCAGUCUCAGAAGAAUGGGCUUUGAAAAGUUUUCAGAACACAGGAUAGGGGUGUGUAAGCAAGUGCAGGUAAUCCUUGGGAAACACAUAGUUCCUGAGGAGGUUCUGAGAGCUGUUGGAUCCAAUCCUGGAAAAGGCAGCAUUGUGUUCAGGGGGGUAAGAAAGCAGGAGCCUGCUGAUGUUUUCACAGUAUUGCAUGGGAACAGUAACAAUGCCCUUAGGAGCAGGAUGUCCUAGCACUCUCAGAUCAAGCAGACAGCCUAGAGCCUAUUAGGCCCAUAUCCCAAGAGAAUGCCGCUCAUGUGUGAAGCUUCUAUAGCCAGGAAGCUGAAGCAGGGAACAUCGACAUUGUCUCAGUUAGGGGUUUACUGCUGAGAACAGACACACCAUGACCAAUGCAGCUCUUAUGAGGACAACAUUAAUGGACACAGGAUUGCAGGUUCAGAGACUCAGUCCAGUAUCAUCAAGCUCGGAGCAUGGCAGCAUCCAGGCAGUCAUGGUGCCAGAGUAAGUGAGAGGUCUACAUAUUCAUCUGAAGGCUGCUUGGGGAAGAUUGGCUUGCAUGUGGAUAGGAAAAGGGUUUUAAAGCCCAUGCCCACAGUGACACACCUACUUUAACAAGACCACGCCUCCUAAUAUUGCCACUCCCUGAGCUAAGCAUACACAAACCAUCAUAGACAUAUUGCAGGAGGGUGGUACUGUUCUAUCAGAGAGAAGCCUCUGCUCCCGUUAAUAUACUCAACCCUGGAUAGGGCCCAGAGCCCUCCACGCAUCCUGGGACUCAGGGAGGCAUCCUAUGAAAGAGCUUUUUCCUAGAAGGACACAUGGGUGUUAAGGCCUCCCUUCCAGCCAUGCCGUAGGGAGUGUCCAAUGCUAAACUCUGUCUCUUUGCAGAAGUGAAACAAUAAAAAUUCACCCUUCACAGUACAGUGAGUAGCAAAAAUGGUGAAAGGUGUAAAUAGAACCAAUUUGUACCUGAGCAUGAGGAUUGGUUUUAUAUGAAAUGUGGGUGGGUGCAGUGCAGUAUCCUCCUGCAUGUACCCAUAUGUUCAGUAACUACCCUGUUCGAUGCUGCUUUUCACAGAACCAUCUGGAAUCCAUUCACUGAGGGACUCCAUCCCUGGACUGGAAGCUACAGGUGGGACUUUUGUAUCCAGGUGUCCCAGCCCUGGGACAGGGAUGCAUGGAUAAAGUGGGGAGAAGCAGACUGGAAUGGUGCAGAGGUUAUCCUGCCAACAACCCCAAGCCCCCAGCUGCAUGAAAAUGUAGAAUAGCGAGCAGUUUCCCAGACAGCCUCACUCCCCAUAGACAGACUUCUUCCAGUCCCUCCUUAUGCCAAGGGAAAGAAAAGCAAAAAAAAGCAGGAGCACGGAAAGAAAAAUUGCACUACUCCCAGGAGCCAAGGACAAGCCCCCUCCCAUCCUCUGAUCUGACCCCAUAACCAUCCACAGCCAAGUCCUGGGCUCAUCUCUAGAGGCACAGGGACCCAGGCAGAUGAGCCCUUGAAUCACAAUCGGCUCCUCAAAAGCAUCCUAUGGGUGUCAGUCCUGAGUCCAUGAAUCGGAGGUGCUCUGCACAGCUAUUCAGAGAAGCCUUCUCUUGAUCUCUGUCAAAGAUCUCUGUGUUGGAUGUCAGAGGAGAGUGUCCACCCAGUAUCAGUUCUGGGAAUGUGGCCCUCUAAUAUGUUAGCCCAUGUGAACCUCCCCACAGAGCGCCACCUCUCCUUGUGCAACUCCUCCUUGAUUAGCUUCUAUAGGAAGAUAUUUAGAGUCCCUUGCACGAGGCAGGGAAAAUGGCACACAGCUGAGGGUGGUAGACAAAGCUGGGAACACAUCAAAUAUUGAGUUGGUGUGAGGCUCCCUAAGCCAUGCUUGGGCCGGUCUGUGCCAGCGAUCCCAUAAGUCCCUUUGAUUCUCCACAUGUACACAGCAAGAACCAAUUGCCAGGCCUACCCUCUGCCCAGAGCAAAGGGAGAUUGGGACUUGGAUUCCAACCUUGGCCAUUAUUGUAAUACCUGACCUUGUAACCCUUGCUCCCUUUGGGGCUCAACAGCCCCCCUCAAAUGUAGACAGCAAUGUCUAGAUCAUGUUCACAGCUUUUCUUGCCUGAAACUGUGCUGUGUUUGAUACUACAAACCAGGAAGUAGGGACUUGAACUUGAGAUCACUGACUCAGGCUAGGGAGGACUCCAGGACACCUGAGCUCAGCUGCAAAGGCAGAAGCUGAACCACAGUGAGCAGAGGUGGCACAUUUUCCUGUUUCUUUCCUUUUCUGCUCUCAGGUCUUUCAAUGAACUCCACAGAUGAGGAUCUUUCCUCCUAGGCUGAGUGUCUGCAGCCAUGAGGGUCCUCUCCAGGGGAUUCAAAACCCCAGAAGAGUCUUCAGAAGGAAAGCGCUACACACUGCUCUGCCCCAAGCACUCUGAAAAACAGAGACCCUUUCUGGGCUUGGGCCAGUCAGUGCUCAAUAGUUAGCUUCUGGCUGCACUGGCUGCUCACAAAUAACACAGCUGCCUGGGUCCUGUGACCUGGCUCUCACAGACUGUGAUUGAGAAUUUAUUUCAACUGUGUCAGCACAGCCACUCUGUUCCUUCUGGUCCCAGGUUGCACAGAGCUCCUUGUCCUCAUACACGCCUGUUCCAUCACUGGAACUUAAUAUUUAAAGUGAGCCCUACACUCAGGAUGUACUUGGUUUUCUAUACAUUAUGCCAACCUCUGUGUGAGAGGAAGUGUCUGCAUGUGUAUGCAUACCCCCUUAUGUGCCUAGGUGUCCAUGCAUACCACUACCCCAUGUCCUGUCAGGGGCCAUCCUCUGGACAGGUCCUCACGCCUGCAUGUCAGACCACCUGUCUUCAAGCCCCAACCCCUCCCCACUCCACAGAUGCUGAGCUUGUGGGCUUUGCUGAUGCAUCCAACAUUGAUGGGGGUUUUGGGGAUUCAAACUCAAGUCCUCACCCUUGGGAGGCAAGUGCUCUGCCUAUCCCUGCAGCUUUGUCUCAGGUGUUUGAUGAUAACCUAGAGCUUUUCUAAGGAUUUAUGAGAACAGUGUCAUCUUGAUGGGUCAGUUUAGAAACACAGCUUUGUCUUUUUUCAUUUUUUAAAAUCUGUACCAUCAGUUUGAGGCUAAUCAUUCAGAAUUCAAAGAAAAAGUGACACAGCGAGCAUAGAAAUGAGGACUUUAAAGCAGGAGGCACAGCAAAUAUUCAAAACAGAGAACUGAGGAGAGGUAAACAUCUUACAGGCUUUGAUUUCUAAAAGCCUAAAGUCUCUUCAUAGCCCACAGAAGCCAGAGCCUUGAAGCCCUUCCCAACCAUGUCAUGACAGGUCCUAUUGUGACCUCAUGAGGAGCGACUGUGAGGAGGUCCAGCCAACAGAUAUUAAGCUGUAGCCAGGCCUGGAUUUCUUUGAGUGCUUUGAGAGGAGGUGUGGAGUGGAGCCCUCUGGGACUUGGUUGUAUCUAGUGAGCUGUGUGUGGUUGUAUCAGAUUUUACUGUACUGUGUAUAUGUGUAUGUGUCUAUGUGUGUACGAGAUGUGUGUUGACAGAUUUGCUUGUGUGUGACUGUGUGUACACUUUUGCCCGUGUUUGUCAGUAUAUGUAGGAGUGUGUGAGUUUACAGGUUUGUUUGUGUGUAUGUGUUUGUAUGUGUGUACGUUUUCUUGUGCAUGUGUGUGUCCCUGUGUGUAUGUUUGUGUGUGUCUGUGAUGUGCGUUUUUAUUGGUGUGCUUGUGUAUAAAUAUGUGUGUACCUGUUCAUAUGUGAUUGGGGUUUGUGUGAAUCUGGGUGUUUGUAAGAGUUUGUCUGUGUGAGUAUAAGUACACUUUUGUGUAUUUCUGUGUGUGCUUCUGUGUGUGCCUAUGUGUGUGUGUGUGUGUGUGUGUGUGUGUGUGUGUGUGUGUGUGUGUACACACGUUCCCAUCCCCUUUUGCCCCUUCAUGUAUCUAUAUUACCUUCACCUCAGUGCAAGAGAGUGUAGAGGCCAGAAGUCAGCCCGGGCUCCUGUUCCUAAGGUAGGUCAUCAACCUCAUUUUCAAGACAGGCUCUCUCACUGGCCUGCAGCUGCCCAAGUACCUGUGUUGGCUGACCAGUGGCUCCCAGGAUUUUGAUAUGCCAACCCCAUAAUAUCAGAUUAAAGGCCUACGUAGACGGCUGCCUGCUCAUUUAUGGUUUGAUUUUUUUUUUCUGUCUUUAAGAGAUAGAAUUAGGCCAUAUAUUCCCAAGACCACUGGCUAUUUCCUUAUUGUGGUUUUGAUCUUUCUUUCUUUCUUUCUUUCUUUCUUUCUUUCUUUCUUUCUCUCUUUCUUCCUUUCUUUCUUUAUUAUGGAUUGCUGGUUUCAUUUUUUGGUGGUGGUUUUUAUGUUCUCACAUGCUAUAUUACUGCUUUGAUUAUAUACAUUUGUGCAGUCGGAUGAUUCACUCUAUCUCCAUUUUCAAUGUCCUGUGGUUUCAUCCUUUUACAUUAUUCCUGUUUCUCUAUUUAUUGAGUACAAGCAAUCAUUGGCUUGGACUUGAUACAAAUUUGCCCUUUGUGACACUUUGACUCUUCGGCCUUUGUUUAAGGUUUACUGUUCACUGAUAUUUAACUGCCUUAUUCCUUGUGGUUGGUUAAUUUUAAUUUUCAGUAUUUUGCUCUGGAGAGUUGUGGAGAUUUGUGGAUCACUAGGUCCUGAAAUUCAAUGGAGUUUCCCUUAAGUGUUGGCUUUUUACAUUUCUUUGUUUUGUCUUAUACUAUUUGUUUCUCCUCUCGUUUCUUUCAUCUGACCUUUUUCUUCAAACUACAUCCAUUCACAGUAUUGAUCAGCUUUGGCUGCCCAAUCCUAUUGUAGUAUGACAAUUUUUAUUUUCAUCAUUGCAUUUAGUAUGUGUGUGCUCUUGGCUUUCUCUUUUGGGGUUGAUUAUUUGGGUGGCUUUUACUUAUGAUUCUUCAUAUUUUCCCCCUUUUCAUAAUUUUAUUCUAUUUUUCUAGUCUAGUCUUUUAUUUGUUUUUAUUUUUUUCUUUUUGUUUCAUUUGUUUCUUUUAGGUUCCACAUGUGUAAUUUUAGUUCCUGAAUUGCUCCAUCUUUUUCAUUAUUUGAUUCCAGUUUUUUUGUUAUUUUUAGGUAGCAUUAGUACUGAUAAAAUGCCUACAGAGAUUGAGAAGGUUUUACCCCCUCCUAGGCCCGAUCCAAGUAUCUCUCAGGAGGGAACCUUUCAUUCCCAAUAUAAAGUACUGAAGACUAUUGGAAAAGGAAGCCAUGCCAAGGUCCUCCUGGCCCACCACCAGCUCACAGGAACCCCAGUGGCGGUCAAAGUUCUCCGAAAGAACAAGCAGUGGUUCCGGCCAGUCAUGACAGAAGCAAACAUAAUGAGAAAGAUCAACCACCCCAACAUUGUUUCUCUCUUACAAGUCAUUGAAAACAAAACUAGAAUAUACCUCAUAAUGGAGCUGGUGGAAGGCCAACAACUCUACCAGUACAUCAGAGAGUCAGGGCACAUAGAGGAGGAUGAGGCCCGGCAAAUAUUUGAAAAGAUAUUGUCAGCAGUGAGCUACUGCCAUGGAAAGGGGAUUGUUCACCGAGACCUGAAAGUGGACAAUAUAAUGAUCGAUAAAAACAAAAAGGUCAAAGUCAUCGACUUUCAGCUUAGCACCGAAACACAACCUGGACAUAUGCUAAACCAGCACUGCGGUGCGUACUCUUUUGGUUCCCCGUAACUCUUCCUUGGACUUCUGUAUGACGGGAUGAAGAAUGACAUGUGGACAAUAGGAGUGGUCUUGUAUUAUAUGGUAGUGGGAAAGCUUCCAUUUGAUUCAGUGAUCAUCCAAGAAUUACAAAUACAAGUUGUUGCAGGGGUGUAUCCUGCCCCCUGUGGGGUUUUAGAAGAACUGGAGAACCUCCUUAGUCAAUUACUAACAGUAAAUCCAAUGUAUAGACCAACAGCCAGCGAGGUGAUGAAACACGCCUGGUUCAAAGAACACGGGAAGGGGUUCACAGGUCGUUGUGAAGAACUGCUUCCCCUCAGGUCAGACCCUGAAAUUUUGGGUGCGAUGAAAUGCAUGGGAUUUCAAGCCUCUGUAAUAAAAUACUCCCUAAUAAAAAGAAAAUAUGAUGAGGAAA